AUGAGCGAUCGAUCGGUUGAGCGCGAAUUCCCGAGCCGCGAGCGCGGGGAUCGGCCGCCGCCCGGGAUACUGGGCCCGCCGCGCCGCGGGCCGGCGUACAAGACGAAGCUGUGCGCGCUGUGGCAGCGCGGCGGCUGUUCCCGCGACAUCUGCAGCUUCGCGCACGGGCACGCCGAGCUCCGCCGGCUCCCCGGCUCCCGCGCCUCGUUCCCUCCCCGCGCUGGGAGAAGAGAUUAUAGAGCUGGUGACUUCAGAGAUAGGUUUGAUAGGAGGCGCUCGCCUCAUAGGAGGCAUUCCCCUGACAGAGAUUCCAGGGGCCAUCGUUCCCUUCAUGACCGAAGACCAAAUUCCCAAGAAAGGGAAUCUAGCUAUUCACGGUCUCCGAGUAGGAAGAGUGAAAGGAGGCAUGAGAAGAAGCCUGAUGAUGGAGAAACUAACUCAUCUAGGAGUUUGAGUGUCUCUGACAAUAACGAUGAUAGAAAAAGGGAGACACUCUUAAGUGGUGAUAAUAAAGAGGAUCACGAAAUACAGCUGAAACAAAUAAGACAGGAUAUGGAACUUUUGCGCGACGAUAAAUCUCACUUGGAGAUAAUUUUGGAUGAGAAGAAUGCUGAAGUGCGCAAGAUUUCUAGCAGAGUAAAUGAUCUUGAUCUGCAGCUAAGGAAGGAGAAAGAGGAAUGCCACAGGAUGACCUCAAAAAUGAAAAAGUUCAUUAAAGCCCAUGCUCGCUUUUUGAAAGCACAGGAAGAAUUGAAAAGGUCACAAGCUCGUUUUGAGAGACUGGGUGAUUUGCUUGCUUCAGAUAUUCUGAAGCGUGGUGCUAAUGAAGAAGUUUCCAGUAUCAAUGUUGAUGAAGAUCCAAAUGGUCCUUAUGAAAGGAGCCCAAAUGCUGCUACAGCCAAGAAGAGAUCAAUACCAUACUCAACAAGUGAAGAAGCGAAAGCCGUGAAGAAAAGAAGAGAGCGAGACUCUGACACAACUAGGCCAGACAAAUAUAGGUCAGAAGGUACUAUUGCAGAAUUUGAAAAACCAAGCAAGGGAACUGAGCCAACAAAAUCUUUAUAUUUGAAGAAGAAACUGUGGGAAGAUGAAAAGGAUAAGAUAGGCAAUUUUGUUUCCUCAGCCAACACUGACAAGGUCAAAGAAUCUCCAGUCAAACAUGUUUUGCCCUCCACUGGUAUGGCUGCUCAUGCUGUGGAUGAUCUGUUUGAAGCUGUUGAACUGGAGGAUAGACAUGAUCCAAUAACCGCAUCAAUAGAAAAUGAUGCUGAUGACGAAACUAGGUCGCCUGUUAUGCCCCCACAACCACCACCAGUGGUUAAUACUUAUGAGCAGUACGGGGCUGAUGAUGAGGAAGUCGACGUGGACUAA